GUCGUAGCAUUAAUACGUAUGUGAAGAAGAAGCGACACCGUUAUUGUUUUGGAUUGGUGGUCACGUUCUUGGCGAUCAUCCGAGUAUAGGUUGGGUCUGAAACCUAGCGGUUUUGAAACACCUUUCUACAAUAAAUUCGGUGAUCGUUAACUCGAGUUUGUAAGUAUGUCCAAUCCAGGCUUAGGUGGCGUUGGUCUAGAUGAUAAUUUAGAUGAUAGAAAUACACAAGAAGUGAGUUUCAAGGGUGGAAAAUUGAGCCUUGCUGACGAUGUUAGCACUUUCAGGCCAAAUGAUCCGAAGGACGAAACAAUCAUGAACGUGGAUAUUCCUUCGAUCCGACGGUCCAACUCCGUUUGUGGUCGCCCCCAGACCAAUCCUCUACCAGACACAAUACAGGAUUGUUUUUUUGCUGGAAAGAAAGGUAGAAUGGAAGGAGCAGUAAAUGACUGCAAGCAGAAAGUCCUGGAUGAAAAUGAUGGCAAAGUACAAGGUGUUUGGUUGUUAACUGAGAUUGACCAUUGGGAUAAUGAGAAAGAGAAGCUGGUGAUGUUAACCGAGAAGAUGCUUCUGAUAAUAAAGUAUGACUUUGUUGUGGAACGAGUUAAGGAUCAUAAGAAGAUUAUGUUGAACUCAAUUGACACUGUCCAGUUUGGUCUAUUUGAGUAUCCUGAUAAAACUCUUGUACAUCCAAGAGAUGGAUUUGGCCUUAAGUUAUCAUGGGGCAACGGACAACAGCCAAGCCUCGUUCAGAUGUGGAACCCAUGGAGCACCUCAGUACCCUGGAUGAUCUUCACAUCACACCCCUUACAACACUCAGCAAGAGACACAAAGACUUACCAGAUUGAAUCAUUCAAAAAUGCUGUCACUCAAGCAAUUAAAGCAGCAAGUGGCAACAAUGAUCUGAAUGUUAACGAUGACCCCAUACGUUUCACCAUUCACGUUGGCCUCGGCUCGGCAGUUUAUAACCAAAGCCGGAUUGGCUUUUCCCGUGAGCGUGGUGGAAUAAGCUUCUGAGGUGAUGAACUUCUUGUGUAUAUUAUAUCAAGCAAAUUACUGUUUACUACCUAAAAAUAUAUCUCAUACAAUUUAUGUCUUAAUAUUGUUGCAGUGUUCUAAGGUAAAUUCAACAAUUUAGUUAAACCCAGAUUCACAUUACUGUACUAAUAAUAAUGUCCAAGUGUGUAGUAAAGCUAAACUGAUAAUUUAUUCAGCUAUCAGUUGUGUGGUAUAAAGAGUUUGUGAAAACAAACCAAAUCAGCUGUGUUGGUUUAAACAGAUGGUGGAGCAGCCUAACCAGUUUUGUGGUUUAAACAUGUUUACACAUAACUUAGCUGUGCUGUUGAAACAGAUGGUGCAGCCUAACCAGUUUUAUGGUUUAAACAUGUUUACACAUAACUUAGCUGUGCUGUUGAAACAGAUGGUGCAGCCUAACCAGUUUUAUGGUUUAAACAUGGUUAAGAUUAACCUGCUAUGUGGUUUAAACACAUAGGGAAUCUUAACAGCUUUUUUAAACCAAACCAAAUUAGCUGUGUUGGUAUAAAAAGAUGGUGUAGUUUAAUCAGAUUUGUGGUUGAAACUGAUGGUGAAGCUUAGCAUUGUGGUUUAAACAAACAAAAUCACCAAUCAUGUUCCAGAAUUAAUUAUUUGUGACUUACAAUACAACAUUCUCAUUAAUUUGGAGUGCACCAUCUCUGUUUAACAACAUCUAGUUCAGUUGACCACACUAGUAAUAAUCCAGUUAAAUGGCUUUAAGUUCAGUGUUAACCAGGCUUAAGUGCCUUUAACCUGAUUAAGCAAAACCACAUGUGUGGUUUCAGGACGAUGAAUGUUUCCAAACGUAAGAUGUAUAUAUUCAAGAAUAGUGCAAUUGAUAAAUAAAUUCUACUUUAUUUAUAUUGGCAUAUUUAUUUUAUGAUAGGUAGCUUUUGCAGUUAACAUUCUUAAAUGGUUGUCUUCAGUGUAUGUAAUAAGACUUAGUACAAUAUAGUAGAAAGCAUGAUAGUCAAAUUAUAUUUAAACCUUGAGGGCAGUAUACUUCCUCGUUAGACAAAAAUAUGUAUGGAGCACAAUGUCCACUCCAAUACUUUGAAUAUGCACGUACAGUAAUAGAGGGAAAUGGCGAACCGAGAUGACGUCACUGAAAUUUGGCGAGUUGGGUAUGGAAUAUAAACAAAUCGAAACUCGCUAUGUUAUUGUGUAUGAGGUGUGUUGAAAAAGGUAAAUAAACGAAUGUUUUAAACACAUUUAAAACAGUAGCAUGGCAUUUUUUACAAUGCCCUGUAACAUUUUAUAUUGUAUAGGCAGAUUUGAACACAUUUUAGUUAAAUUUGUAUUUAAUUAAAACCGUAAAUUGGCGCAUUUGUGUCACCUACCAGCCAACCAAGUGCUAGGCCAGGCCUACCUAGAAAGUCCACUCAAAAUGAUCCAGGCACGUUUGUGUCUGUAGGCCUACCUACCCACUGCUUCGUUGGUAAGUGGAUAAUUAGUGUUCGUUUUAUUUUUUGGACCCAAGUAUAGUCCAUUAUUAUGGUAAUAAUAGGUUUACAGUUACAUUUUACAGUAGUAUUAACAAAGUGUAGCUUGACUACUGUAGGCCCCUACUACUACUGUACUGUUAGCCUACUGGUUGUAGCCUACUGUAGGCUAGCUAGACGUGGCAUCUUGGGCUGGUCUAACAAUAAUUAAUACUGUAGUUGAUUUUGGUUAAGUCUAUUUUACUUUUACUCAACUUUGUUAAAGCUUUCAUCCAUCGCCAUAGGCAGGCAAUCACCCCACCGUGUACAUAUUUCUCCUUAAAGAAAGUCCACAAUUUCCCAUCCGUCUCUUUUACUCCUUUAGAUAUCCAAUCGCUCAUAGUGAGCGGAGUAAAUUUUGGAAUAUCUGCUAGUGAUUUUUUAAAGUUUAAGUUCCGUUUGAAAUUACAAAUACAGCAAGAAUCAUGGGUAUCACAACAAAAACAUUGAGAAGCGGCCAUGAUUGCUAUGUAUAAAGAUAGGAAAUUAGCGUCCUCAACGGUUUAUUAUGAUUUAUACCCAAUACGAUUGUCGACGUCUGUUUGCCAUUUCCCUGUAUUGUAAUCUGUAGUUCAUCUAGCAAAGCCUCCUAGUACUGUUGUGCUGCCCUCAACAGCAUUUUAAUCUACAACUUCUAUUAUAAUACUUGUACUGUGUUAACAGUUAUUAUUAUUUCAAUUGGGUGUAAAGUCAGUCAUUGCGUACUGUGUGUUGUUUAGGUGUCAUAAGGUGUUUGAUCUUUUCUAUAUAGGGUAACAUUUAAUUAUAAUUCUAUUUUUUGUAAACUGAAUGCAGUGUCAACUAUCACAGUGGUCAUAGAAGUUCAUCUGGAUCUUCCAUUACCAGCGCUAUACAGAUUACCAUUAUCAUUUAUUAUUAUUAUUACGUUCAUGACAUCAUGUACAUCAUCUUUAUAGUCUCUGAUUAUCAUUGUCAUCCUCUUUACUAGCAACAAUUUUGUCAUUCUCAUUAUAAUGCACUUGCUUCAUUAUGUCAUCAGUGAAUGUGUGAAAUAGAUGGUACUGUAGCUAUUUAACAGUGUUUAGUCUGGAACAAACUUAGUUCCAUAGGUUUACAGUGUUCAGAGUUGAUACUCUCGUUAAAAUAUUUGUUCUAAGAAGCUAGCGUAGAGUAUUUAGGAAUUUUCAUCACGGUAAUUUUGUAUAUUUAUAUUACACCUACUUUGGUUCAAUUAUUAUUUAAUCAAUCUAAUUAUAAUUCAAUCUUUGUAUAUAAAGGGGUUUUUAUAAUACUUUUACACUAUAUUGAUAGUUUUUCUUGAUUUAUUUAUUUUUUGGUAAUGACAACAUAUAAAUAAUUUACUUUUAGCAUAUUGUGCAAGCUUCAUGGUCUAGUGGUAUGACAGCAAGCUUGAAACUGGUAGUCAUAGGUUUGAUCCCUGCAGGGUAACUUGUAGUUUGUAUUUUCGCUUGAAAUAUAAUCUAUAAAUUAAACAUUCCGAAAGUG